AUGGUAGCCCUCACUAAGUCGUGUACCUCCGUAGGUCCUAAUGACAAACCCUUUGGUUCCUCUAAUCACAGGUAUUUGAGGAAGAGAACGUGGACAGGUUCCUCAUUCGUCAUAAUAGUUCACAGUUCAACGCGUAGCAGACGAGUGCAUCGUGGCAGGGAAGGAGAGCGCACAUCGGCCACCCAGCAACUGACCUCGGCCACCCAGCAACUGACCUCGGCCACCCAGCAACUGACCUCGGCCACCCAGCAACUGACCUCGGCCACCCAGCAACUGACCUCGGCCACCCAGCACCUGACCUCGGCCACCCAGCACCUGACCUCGGCCACCCAGCACCUGACCUCGGCCACCCAGCACCUGACCUUUGCCACCCAGCAACUGAUCUUGGCCGCCCAACAACUGACCACCUCGCGUCAGCCACCCAGCAGCACCUCACUUCAACCACCCAGCAGCCACGUCACCUCAGCCACCCAGCAGCACAUCACCUCUGCCACCCAGCAGCACAUCACCUCUGCCACCCAGCAGCGUCACCUCUGCCACCCAGCAGCACAUCACCUCUGCCACCCAGCAGCCACCCACCUUAGCCGCAGCAGCGUCACCUCUGCCACCCAGCAGCCACGUCACCUUAGCCACCCAGCAGCACGUCACCUCUGCCACCCAGCAGCGUCACCUCUGCCACCCAGCAGCACAUCACCUCUGCCACCCAGCAGCAUCACCUCUGCCACCCAGCAGCACGUCACCUCUGCCACCCAGCAGCCACACCUCCUCUGCCACCCAGCAGCACAUCACCUCUGCUGCCCAGCAGCACAUCACCUCUGCCACCCAGCAGCACAUCACCUGCCACCCAGCAGCACGUCACCUCUGCCACCCAGCAGCACGUCACCUCUGCCACCCAGCAGCCACGUCACCUUAGCCACCCAGCAGCACGUCACCUCUGCCACCCAGCAGCACGUCACCUCUGCCACCCAGCAGCACAUCACCUCUGCCACCCAGCAGCACAUCACCUCUGCCACCCAGCAGCACGUCACCUCUGCCACCCAGCAGCACAUCCUCUGCCACCCAGCAGCACAUCACCUCUGCCACCCAGCAGCAUCACCUCUGCCACCCAGCAGCACAUCACCUCUGCCACCCAGCAGCACGUCACCUCUGCCACCCAGCAGCACGUCACCUCUGCCCACCAGCAACCACCCACCUUAG